AUGUUUUACCGAUCGGUCAUCUCGUUGCUUGCAACAUACACUGGUGUUGUGUCGUGCCUUCCAAAUGCAGGUCCUCCUGCUCAUCCAGGUCCUCAACAUGGCACCGAAAAUUACCAUUGGGUCAACUCUUGGGUUUCCAUGCAACAAGUAGCCGAGUACACUAACCUACCUGGUCCCGGCUACUACAAUCAAUCGAAUCUCGUGUUCCCCAACAGCACAAUUCGUCAAACCAUUCAUACCUCGAUUGGCGGACAGCAGAUAAGAUUGACUAUCAGCAAUCAAAAUGGAGUUGUGAAUUUGCCCAUCACAGCUGUUUCAAUUGCACUGCCGCUCCAGGAUCCCAAUGCACUACAAACCACUCUCAAUGGCACUGUUCUUGGUGCACCAUAUCCCGCAGGCACCGGCUCCCGUAUCGUCGACACCAGCACCAUCAAACAACUCACAUUCAGUGGCAACAGCUCCAUCAUCAUCCCUGAUGGCUCUAUCGCAGUCUCAGAUCCCAUCGACUUCCCUAUUGCCGCACAGUCAGAGCUGUCUAUCUCGAUCUAUCUCAAAGACGGUCAAAACUCUAGCAUCAUCACUUCCCACCCUGGCUCUCGCACAAACUCCUACUAUGGUAUGGGCAACCAAAUAAACAACUACAACAUCACCGGCGAUAACGCCAUGACACAACAACACUGGUUCUUCAUUUCUGGCCUCGAAGUGUGGAGUCCUCCUGCCACCAGCGCUUUCUACGUUAUUGGAGAUUCUAUCACCGACGGACGCGGAUCCUGGAACAAUGGCAACAACAAGUGGACUGACAAUCUCAUUGCGCGUAUGCAGAAGAAUCCCGCAACGGCAAAUAUUGCAGUCGGCAAUCAAGGUGCUGGAGAUGUCAUCGCUCAACCUGGGGCCAAGUAUGCGAUGAUCUUUGAGGGUGUCAAUGAUAUCGGUACUGCUGGGUUGGAUGAUGCUAGUCAGGAGAUGGUGUAUCAGCGUCUGAUCCAAGCAUACAAGCAAAUGGUCACCCGAAUGCACACUUUUGGCAUUCCCGUCUUCGGAGCAACAAUUACACCCACGAGUGGCAACAGUCAACCGCGUAAACGAUUUUAUCCGCAACUCGAAGACCUUUGA